GUUCGCUUGUUUCGCUUUCUGUGCUGGUGAAAAGGAAAAACGGGGGGCGGAAAAUAAGUUUAAUUAAACAUUUCGAGUGCCUCGACUAACGCAGCAAUUAAGUGAACGAGCAAAACGUGAUUGUCGAUCGCGGAAACAGCAAUAAAACGCUUGGAAGCGUCCUGUGAGGAAUUGUGCAAAAAAUCAAUUCAAAAUGUAAGGCGACACCGAGGUGGAUUCCCCAGCUGAAGAAACGCAACCAAAGAAGCUGCCAGUCCCCACAAACGCGGCUCUUUGCCGACUCUCAGCCACAAAGUUCCUUCCAUCCUCGCACCAGUUUAACACAAAUUAAAGCCAAAUGACUGCCAACAGUUUGCUGGGAAGGUCCCUGCUCAACGAAGGACGCUCGAAUAAGCGAUCGUUUGUCUCCCUGAUUGUGGGUCUGAUCGUGGGCUUCUGCCUGGCGGAGCUCUUUGUUUACUCGACGCCCGAAAGGAGCGAGUUCAUGCCAUACGAUGGCCAUCGGCACGGGGACGUCAACGAUGCCCAUCACAGCCACGACAUGAUGGAGAUGUCUGGCCCGGAGCAGGAUGUCGGUGGCCACGAGCACGUCCACGAGAACUCCACGAUCGCCGAGAAGCUGUACGGCGAGGUGCGGAUCCUGUGCUGGAUCAUGACCAAUCCGAGCAACCACCAGAAGAAGGCGCGCCACGUGAAGCGUACCUGGGGCAAGAGGUGCAACAAGCUGAUCUUCAUGAGCUCGGCGAAGGACGACGAACUGGACGCAGUGGCGCUGCCGGUGGGCGAGGGUCGCAACAACCUGUGGGGCAAGACGAAGGAGGCCUACAAGUAUAUCUACGAGCACCACAUCAACGACGCCGACUGGUUCCUCAAGGCCGACGACGACACCUACACGAUAGUGGAGAACAUGCGCUACAUGCUCUAUCCGUACAGUCCGGAAACGCCGGUCUACUUCGGCUGCAAGUUCAAGCCGUACGUGAAGCAGGGCUACAUGUCCGGCGGUGCCGGCUACGUCCUCAGCCGGGAGGCAGUGCGUCGCUUCGUGGUCGAGGCCAUUCCCGAUCCGAAGCUCUGCAAGGCGGAGAACACGGGCGCCGAGGACGUCGAGAUUGGCAAGUGCCUGCAGAACGUUAAGGUCCUGGCUGGCGACUCCCGGGACUCCAACGGACGCGGUCGCUUCUUUCCCUUCGUUCCGGAACAUCAUCUUAUUCCGGCGCACACGGACAAGAAGUUCUGGUACUGGCAGUACAUAUUCUACAAGACCGACGAGGGGCUUGACUGCUGCUCGGACAAUGCCAUAUCCUUCCAUUACGUCUCCCCGAAUCAAAUGUACGUGCUGGACUAUCUGAUCUACCAUCUGAGGCCAUACGGCAUUAUCAGCACGCCGGAAGCGCUGCCAAAUAAAUUGGCUGUGGGCGAACUGAUGCCGGAACCCAAGGAUCCGCCAACGGAAAGUUCUAGUGAUGGAGUCUCAAAGAGAUCCACCGACAAGGAGCAAUAAUAGAAACAGUUGGUCGUACUCCUAAUGUAUAUAAAUAGCUUUUGUAUAUAUUUAUAGAUAAUUGUGUAUUCUCACAUAAUGAUUUACGAUAAGCUAUACUAGCAUUGCCAUUACCGUUUCCAUAACUCUCUUAUGUCGUCGGUCCUUUGAAUUAGUUUGAUUUCCCCAUUUCCCGAAAGGUUUCGUUUGGGUUCUGUCGCAGAACUCGUUCCUUUUGUACAAAUACCAAACGUAGAUAUAAUUUAGAGUUGUUAAUUUAGUUCGUAAUUAAGCCUAGGUUGUACUACUAUAAAUCCAUCACUACUCUGGUUUUCCGUCACUGAGUUAGCCAUUUGCCUAAGUAAAUCCUAUAUAUGUGUAUGUAUGUAGCCUAUAUAUUAAAUCUCUUUUGUGAUUGAGAUUAUUACGUAUUAUAGUUAUUAAUCUUUUAAAUGCGUAAAAGCAUGUAUUUAAUAAAAUGCAAAUGUAUUAUGGAAAAAUG